AUGGACAACAACACUUUUGUAUCAGACUCCCUCAUUCGCCUAACGGGUGCAUCCGACUCCAUCGCCGUUGACUUCGUCCUUGCAGAAGCCAGCUCAGCCAAAUCUGCCGCCUCCCUAAAAGACAAACUCCUAUCCUUCCUCGAUGGCAGCCCAGAUGAAAUUGGCGCAUUCUCCCGCCAACUUUUUUCCCGCGUGGGCCCUUCACAGCCCAGUGCUACCAAAUCUAAUGCGACUUCCUCCACAACAAAGAAAUACCGCAUGGUAGAGAUGGAAGAGCAGCCCGAUUCCGCAUCAGCACUAGAGCCCCUGAACGUCGAAGCAGAGCGCGAAAGAAGGAGACGCCGAGAACGCGAGAGAGAUGGUGAUCGGGACCGAGUACGGAGCAAGCGCGACGAAACUCGCACUCGCUCAGAGAGAGAUGAAAACCGCAAACGAGACCGAAGUCGUGACACAGAGACGCGAGAUCGUCAUAAGUCGAAAAAGCUAAGAAGGAAGGGAACCCAGGACUUUGAUGAAAGAUGGGGUGACGAGGAAUUCUUGGAAGAAGAGAAUCAUUCCGAUGCCAACCAAGACGAAUUUGUCGAGCCGCCUUCGAAACGCACGAGACUCGAAGAUGGGUCUGCUUCUCCACGAGCUGCAUCACCCAGCGACGAUCUCGAUCCACAGACCAAGUUAGAGAUUGAUCGACAGAAGGACCUUCGCGAGAGAGACGAAUUUGCGAAGCGAUUGGCCAAUAAAGAUGACCGAAAAUCUAAGAAGAUCGUGGAAGACCGCACCCAUACGGGGGAAGCUGCGCGACGCCGUCAACUGGCUGACGAUGCAGAUGCGCGGGCUGCUGUCAUGCCUGACAUUAGAUUGCGUUCUCGUCAGGAAUACCUCAAGAAGCGUGAAACCGAGCGACUGGCGCUAUUACGACGACAGGUUGCGGAGGAGGCUACCGAGCUGCGCGAGAACCCGAAUCUCACCCGUCGAGAAAAGGAUGAAUUUGCUCGUAAUCGCGAAGUUCUUCGUCUCGCCGAAGAGCGCCUUCGAAUCGAUGACCACCGGGAUGGCUACGUGAUACCAGAAGAUUAUAUUACAGAGAAGGGAAAGAUUGAUCGUAAGAAGAAAGAAGACGCGCUCUAUAAACGCUAUGUUGAGCGUGAUGAAAUGGGCCAGGAGAAAUUCAUUACGGAGCAUGAAGAGUGGGAAUUGGAGCAGACUGCCAAAGCCAAUGCACAGAUCAAGAAGGCCGAGUUUGUCGACGAAGGCGAUUAUGAGUACGUCUUCGAUGAUUCACAACAGAUCAAUUUUGUGGUGGAUGCCAAGCUGGAGGGAACGGAGAAGAUGUUGACCCAAGAACAACGACGCUUCAAGGAACAAGUUGAUGCAGCCGAGAAGAAGGCUAUGUCAAUGGAGGAGACUCGCAGGAGUCUGCCCAUUUACCAGUUCCGUGAACAGAUUAUCCAGGCUGUGCAUGAUCAUCAGGUUCUUAUUAUAGUCGGUGAAACGGGAUCGGGAAAGACAACGCAGAUUCCGCAAUACCUCCACGAGGCUGGAUACACAAAGGGUGGAUUGAAGAUCGGCUGCACCCAACCACGUCGAGUCGCCGCCAUGAGUGUCGCAGCCCGUGUAGCAGAUGAAAUGGGCGUGAAGAUCGGGAAUGAGGUUGGUUAUGCAAUCCGGUUCGAGGACAACACGAGCGACAAGACGGUUCUCAAGUAUAUGACGGACGGCAUGCUUCUCAGGGAGCUGCUGACCGAGCCGGACCUGGCCCAGUACUCGGCACUGAUGAUUGACGAAGCUCACGAGCGGACGGUGCCGACAGACAUUGCCUGUGGUCUUCUCAAGGAUAUCGCGAAGGCGCGCCCGGAUCUCAAACUACUAAUCUCCUCCGCGACCAUGGACGCGCAGAAGUUCCAGAAGUAUUUUGACGAUGCGCCCAUAUUUAACAUUCCUGGUCGACGAUACCCAGUCGACGUACACUACACUUCUCAGCCUGAAGCCAACUAUCUAGCAGCUGCCAUUACCACAGUCUUCCAGAUCCACGUUUCCCAAGGUCCUGGUGAUAUCCUGGUGUUCUUAACCGGCCAAGAAGAGAUUGAGGCCUGCGAGCAAAGUCUAGCGGAAACAGCCCAAAAACUGGGGAGUAAGAUACCCGAGAUGAUAAUCUGUCCUAUUUAUGCAAAUUUGCCGUCUGAACUGCAGAGCAAAAUCUUCGAGCCUACUCCUCCCAAGGCGCGCAAGGUGGUUCUGGCGACCAACAUCGCCGAGACAAGUCUGACUAUCGACGGUAUUGUCUACGUGAUCGACCCCGGCUUCGUCAAAGAGAACGUGUUCAACCCGCGCACUGGUAUGGAAAGCCUGGUCGUGACUCCCUGCUCGCGGGCCUCGGCGAACCAAAGAGCUGGACGUGCCGGGCGAGUUGGUCCCGGUAAGUGUUUCCGGCUGUACACGAAGUGGGCGUACCAUAACGAGCUGGAGGAGAACACUACUCCUGAGAUCCAGCGCACAAACUUGAACGGAGUGAUUCUAAUGUUAAAAUCACUGGGUAUUGACCAACUGCUUGACUUUGACUUUAUGGACCCACCGCCCGCGGAGACCAUCAUUCGAGCUUUGGAGCAACUGUACGCACUUGGUGCCCUCAACGACCGCGGAGAUCUGACCAAGGUCGGCCGACAGAUGGCCGAGUUCCCCACAGAUCCAAUGCUAGCAAAGGCAAUCCUCGGAGCAGACAAGUAUGGAUGUGUAGAAGAAGUUCUGUCAAUCGUAUCAAUGCUGAGCGAAGCAAGCGCGCUAUUCUUCCGUCCAAAAGACAAGAAGAUCCACGCUGACAGUGCCCGCAACCGCUUCACUGUCAAAGACGGCGGCGACCACCUUACCCUCCUAAACAUAUGGAACCAAUGGGUAGACGCAGACUUCAGCGUCGUCUGGUCGAAAGAGAACUUCCUCCAACAACGUAGUCUAACCCGAGCCCGCGAUGUCCGCGACCAACUAGCCAAGCUCUGCGACCGCGUCGAGGUCUCAAUCAGUACCUGCGGCGCCAACAACUACAUCCCGAUCCAGAAAGCCAUCACAGCCGGGUUCUUCCCGAACGCAGCACGACUGCAGCGUGGUGGUGACAGUUACCGCACCAUUAAGACCGGCCAGUCUGUCUACUUGCAUCCGACUAGCACGCUAUUCGAGGUGAACCCACGGUGGGUGAUCUACUUUGAGCUGGUGCUUACUAGUAAAGAGUACAUGCGCAGUAACAUGCCAUUACAGGCGGAGUGGCUAGUCGAGGUAGCGCCGCACUAUUAUAAGAAGAAAGAUCUGGAGUCAUUAGGGUUAGAUCGGAAAGAGACGAAGGGAGCUGGAGCAGCCGGCGAGAAAAGUCGAAUGUGA